AUGUUGACCACUGCAGCUCUUAUUCUCAUCCUCACCAGUAAAGUUGUCCUAGGACAGGAUGACAGAGAGUCUCUUGAUGGACAGAUAUAUCCAUUAGAUAUGGCAGAGAAUUCAGUUGAUGACUGGUAUCAUGGUUGUGAAUUGAACAUGUCAGCUCUAGUAAAAGGAGACUAUCUAAUCAAAGAAAUCUGUGCUAACAUAAAUUUUGGGAAAGCUUGGAUGCUUGGGAUAGAAAAAAUCCCUAGACCAGAUAAACUGAAUAUGUUCCAUUUCAUUGCAAUUAGUGUGUACACUAGUGAUUUGGUAUAUAAAGAUUUCAAUAAUAAUGUUAGGACUGAUAGACAAAAAUACAUAAACAAGAAAUACACAUGGUAUUCACUUCACUUUUUUUUGACUGAAGCAAUAAAGACUCUGCGGAAAAAUCAAGGAAAAUGCAAGGAAACCUAUCGUGCUACCAGUGUUAAAUUUAUUGACACUGUUAAGGACAAAGAGAUUCGUUUUGGUUCAUUUGCAUCCUCCUCUCUUAAACGUGAAAAAACUGUGAAAUUUGGAAAUGAAUCUUGCUUUGAAAUCAAAACUUGUGAAGGUGCUGAUGUGUCAAAAUACUCUGACUAUCCUCAAGAGGAAGAGGUGCUAAUUCCCCCAUAUGAGAAGUUUAAAGUCACUGCUAUAAAGAAGAAUGUCUGGUGUAAGACUGUGUUUGUGUUGGAGAGCACUGGUGUAAAAAGUAACUUAAACUGUGCAGUGGCAUCAGUCAAGCCCAAGAAAUAUCACAAUGUCAUUAUCUCUGACUGA